AUGCACUUUUAACGUUGGUUUGCCAAUCCGCCAAAAAACUCGAGAGAAGAAGAAGAAGAAGAAGAAGAAGGCGGCAGUGUGGAUUGGAAACGCCGAGACGAAACUAAUUUACCGAAUUCAUGGAGAUUAACGCGACGCUUGAGCUAACAUUACUACAUUAUUCCUGAGAGUUUAAAGUCCCUAUGUCCGUUGAAGACGUCUUUUAAUCGGGGCUCCAGCAAAAUGAGACUUCGCUCGAGAAAUAUUUUAAAUGAAAACCCGACGACACCGUCCCGUCGCCGUCGAGCCGCUCCGGAGACACCGGGACCGCAGACCCCGCAGGUCCAGACCCAGGAUGAAGUAAAAGUUCUUCAAGACUGCUUGAAUCUGGAUGCUGAUGAAGUCCCAACAGUAGCCAAACGUCCACGAAGGAGGAGGAAACUGUUAUCAACUGUUGACAAUAAAGAGUCAGAUUUCAAGACCCCAGUCCGUCACCUUCGGGAAAGACAUUCCUCAUUGAAUCCUGCUGCUCGAAGCCUCUACUCUCCUACAGUGCACUUUCUCACACCCCCAAGCGACAGUGAGCAGCCAAACUCAAGUCCCAUGUUCAGUCCCGAACACUGUGUGUUCAGUUACAGUGCUGCCAGCCCUCUUUCAGAGGAUGAAGAGAAUGAAGAAGUGUUUAGCCCUUUCAGGUUUAUUAAGAACAUUCCAAAUCGUUCACAACAGUCCAGGCCUGUCUCAGCAGUGCGGGACAUUCCACCAAAGACGAGGAGCACACCUGCUGCUACCCUGGUGCUUGAUUUGGAUGAAACCCUCGUCUUCAGUUCACUCAAUGUGAUCCAUGAUGCAGAAUACACCUUCAAUACCCACUUUCAAGAUCACAAGUACAAGGUCUAUGUGAUCCUCAGACCAUAUGUCAAAGAGUUUCUACAAGCCAUGACCAAACAUUUUGAGAUGUUUGUUUACACCUCUGCAAAAAAGGAAUAUGCAGAAAAGAUUGUAGAUAUAUUGGACCCUAAUAAAAAGCUCUUUAGGCACCGUUUGUAUCAGGACGAUUGCGCCUGUGUGCUUGGCCACUACAUUAAAGACUUGACUGUUCUGGAGAGAGACCUGUCAAAGACGGUCAUCCUGGACAACGCCCCCCACACCUUCCCAUAUCACCUGAUGAAUAUGAUUCCCAUAAAGAGCUGGGUCGGAGAUCAAGAGGACUGUGAGCUGCAAAAGCUCAUUCCAUACAUGGAGAAACUAGUGCAUGCAGUGAGUGUUUUUAGCCAUUAA